AAAUGCCCUCUUCCCUUGCUGAAGGGGAUUGUGGUGCGUAAACAGGAUUAACUCUCUCGCCCCCAGCCGCGCUGAUCUGCGGCCUGCGGGAGGGAGCGAGCGGCUGGUGCGCAGAGGGCGCGGCACGGGAAGCGGGGGAUGGGGAAGCUGGGGACCUCCGGUGCUGUCCCUGGGGCGCGCUUCCUCUCUCCAAGGGGGGCGGGGGACCGCAGCCUCCGGAGCUGCUCCUCGGAAGCCUCGGCUGACCGCCGCGACGGCACGGACUCCUAGCGGCAGCCUCCGCUCCACCACCUCCCUCUCCCUCCCCGCGCUUCCUCUCCGCCCACCGCGCUCCAGCCGCCCGGUCGUAGCCCGCGCUGUCCUCCGCCCCCCGGAGCCGCCGCGCCUGCCCGCCCGCGCCCAGCCAUGGGGGACCUGCCGGGCCUCGUGCGCCUCUCCAUCGCGCUGCGCAUCCAGCCCAACGACGGCCCGGUCUUCUACAAGGUAGACGGGCAGCGCUUCGGCCAAAACCGCACCAUCAAGCUGCUCACCGGCUCCUCCUACAAGGUGGAAGUGAAGAUCAAGCCUACCACGCUGCAGGUCGAGAACAUUUCCAUUGGUGGUGUGGUGGUCCCACUGGAGCUGAAGUCUAAAGAGCCUGAUGGGGACAGAAUCGUAUAUACGGGCACAUAUGACACAGAAGGUGUGGCCCCAACCAAGAGUGGCGAACGGCAACCCAUCCAGAUCACCAUGCCGUUCACUGACAUUGGAACCUUCGAGACAAUGUGGCAGGUCAAGUUCUACAAUUACCACAAGCGGGAUCACUGCCAGUGGGGAAGCCCCUUCUCUGUCAUCGAGUACGAAUGCAAGCCCAACGAGACCCGCAGUCUCAUGUGGGUGAACAAGGAGUCCUUCCUCUGAAGCUGGCUCUGUGAUGCUGCUGGACAAUCUCUUGAGAAAUCCACUUUUAGAUAACCCAGCACAAGCCGUCACCGAGGCGCCCCGAUUAUUUUGAAAGUGUCAUUCCCCUCCGAGGCAAUGUCCCUGACAUAAAAGAUCGCGAUGUACCCUGCCCAAGAGGCUCCCUCGCUGUGUUUUGUGUUGGUGUUCCUGCCUCCAGUUGUUCUUGAUCAUGCCGUGACCCCUUGUGAAGAGCUCUGUGGAGCCCACGGGCCGUGUCCUGCACUUAACAUCUCUGCUGAGUGACUGUGCUGUUGUGCUUUCAAGUUGAGUGAUUCCCUCUUUGUUUUGGUUAAAUGUUAAAUAAAAAAUAACAAAUUGCGUGGGUUCCACCCCAAGUGUGCUAUGGUAACAGGUUAACAUGGGGUGUUUUCCAGCCCUCAGAACAGGCUUUGUGAAAAUGUGAUGCAAACAGCCAUCAGUGGGACUCAAGUGUUGUGUUUUCUAUAAACAACUGGACCUUUUCAGGGAAGGAUUAAUGACAAGAAAAGGACAAAGAUUUAAGAAGCAGUUAUAAUGUAUUUAAACCCAUGUAUCGUAAGGCAUUGGGCUGUGGCCUAGUGGAAGUGGGAAAGAGCCUGGUGUGGCCCACUGUUAAAUGAAGUGACCAAAGUUACAGGGUUACCUCUUUGGCAAGUGACUGUGGUGUCCAGAAAGGCACAGGGAUGACCUCCCUACAUUCCCCUUCACUUGAACUUUGUAAAACUGUGUGUGGAACUGUCAUCAACUUUUGAUAUUUCUUAAUAAAGUUAAUGAAAAUCA